CAAAAUUCUCAGAGCUUUAGGGCGGCGUGAAAUCAGUCUUCAUUUUAUUUGAGUUGUGAUCACAUCGUAGGCGCAAUGAAAUUCCUAAUAGUAAUUUUAUUUUUUGGAAUAGCCUGGCAAUAUACCUUGGGAGCGCCUAGGCCCGAAUUCCCGCCAACAUCAGAUCCCGAAAAGGAAGAGCAAGUUCAAUUGGACAAUGUUUUGGGUCUUAAUCUACCAGAAGAAAACAUAAAAAAGAUCGAACAGAAUCCAGAUCUUAACGACAAUGCUUCUUUAAGGACAAACGAGGAGUCUUUCGAUAAAGAGAAUGAUGAGAUGUUUGACAAUAAAGAACAGCCUAAGCCCCUAUCUUCGCCACUCUCAGAUUCCGAGAGAGAGGAGUACGUUCAAUGGGAUAAUUAUAUGAGACCUACUCUAUCAAAGGAAACUAUCAAUGCGAUCAUGCAGAAUGUACAUAAGAUGCAAGAGAUGAAUAAGCUGAAGGAAAUUCAAGUAACAAUACCCCAAUUUACUGAACAAAAAUCCGAACUAACUCCACGGUUUUGGGGACUUUUGGUCAAAUUCUUAAUUGGAGCAAUAUGUUUGCUUUAUUGGGCUAUGAGAAAUUCAAAAUAGUAAAUGAAAUCGUGUGGCCCAAAUACAAUUUUUUUUUUGACAA